UCACUCACAUGUGAUAACGUCUAUAUCCGUCACAGCCGGAACACGGCGAGUGACUCGAGCCAGAGACUCCGGUUCACGUGCUGUAUUCAGCCUGACGUGGACUUAUUCCAGGACAAAAUAUUAAUACGCAGAUAAAAUCAUUUUGUCACAACGCCAUUUGUCAACUACAUUUGUCCCAGCCUCUUGACGGAGAACUCGAUGAUUGUACCCACUGUAGGUGACACCGACUAUAGUUCGUCUGCAGUCUACCAGAAUGAGCCCGAUGUUGGUCGACCAACCCAAAUGUGACAAACUUUGUGAUUUCAAAAUGGCGGAGUGCAACAGAAAAUUCAAGAAAUAUGUGGCGUAUUUCUGCCAUGCCAAUGCUGACACAAAGUGGGUCAUGAAGUGGAUCAACACUCUGGAGUCGGAGAAGUAUGGAAUUAAGUGUGGUGAAUACGAUCGGAAUUUCAGCUGCGGGGGGAAGUACAUCACAGAUCUGUUUCAGGAGUUUCUCGAAAACUCCCAUCAUGUAGUUGUGGUGCUGUCGCCGGAGUUUGUACAGUCUAAGUGGUCUAUGUACCAGCUAAAUCUAGCUGUUCAAUACAGCAUUAACAACAACGGCAGCAUUGUACCCUUAAUGAUAAAAUCUGUCGCUGUUCCCGAUUGUCUGAAAUGUUUCGAAAUGGUUGACGCAACAAAGAAGCAAUGGUUUGUUCAGCUGCUGGAGCGAUUGUGUUCCCCAGCUGUGAGGGUUCCAAAACUCAAGCCCUUCUGCACAAGAGAAGAUCAUAUCAGUAUUGAUGAUCUGAAGGGACCCGCCAUUCGCGAGAUUGCGAGUUUGACGUGCUGCUUUCGGAGAGACAUUACACUUUCCCAGAAUAACUUUGACAAAGUUAAGGCCAUAAAGUACAUGAGCGAAGCACCGAAGUUUUUGGACAAGGUCCGCCGUGAAAGCUUCGCAGCCGUUCAGAGGACUUUAUUGCGAAAAAGCGUGAAGAAAACCCACUGAGAACGCACAGGCAGCUCGUGAGAGAGUGCAGAAUAGAAGCAGGAAACAACGCUCUGUGAAAAAAACCCUGAAAAGAUCCGGGAAAAAACCCGUCAGUGAAUUCAAACUUAAAAAGAGUUAGUGACUGGGCUGAACUGGGUUUAUAUCUUACAAUCCACAUAAAACGUAGCCCAUGCUUUUCUCUUAAGAAUGAAAUUAGCUUCAUUGACAUGGCGGAUAAAGACAAACAUGUAUAUGGUAUGGAAAAUCAUAAGCAAUGGGGAAUAACGUUAUGUAGGAAGUGAUACUAUUAUAGGCAUGGAAUUAUAAUACAGUAGACUACGGUUAUAACGAACUCGAGGGGACCACUAUUUUUAGUUCGUAAUAACCGUAGUUCGUUAUAAGCAUACAUACAGCAUAUAAACAACAAAUUAUCAGGACACAAAAUAAGUUCGUAAUAUCCGUCAGUUCGUUAUAAGCGUGUUCGUUAUAAACGUAGUUUACUGUAGUCACUUAAAUAAAUAAAUAAAAGUUAAAUCAUGAAUUGUAAUACGUAUUUGGACAAUUAAACAAAUAAGAUAUUAUUGCCAUAUUAUUGUUAUGACAAGAAUUGGCAACAUUCUUGAGUAUGUAUCAUCCUUGAGUAGAUACACAGCCCUCCGAGGUGAGAGCAGUACUAGGCCACGAGGGCAAGGGGUCUAUCAGGUAUCAUAGUAAAGGUAAUGAGGUUAGAAAUAACAUCCAAGCUACUAAUAAGAGACCAACCGACAGAUAAAACAUAUAUGGUAUUAGGGAAGAGAGUUCAGAUUCCUGGAAAUCGGGGAGUUCGUCUUACGUUCAUCCCCAAGUUGUCAGGACCAGGUACGAGGGCUAGCCUUAGUUCAGGUGAAGGUACGCAAAUUAUCUUCAAAUUACUAUCAUAUAACAUCUUAAAACGCCUUGGACAAUACCGUCACAUAUCAAAUAUUAUUGGUAAAACUUCAAAAAGGAUCUUUUCCAUGAAAAAAUUACAUUGACUAAAAAUAUGUUUCUUAAGACGUACACGGUAUUGACAGGUCGUCACUUUGAGUAGGCAUUGAAGCUGUGGGUGGCUGUGGACAAGGAGUUGCGUUUACAGUUAAAAAGACUGCAGAUGAAAGCAUACAGAAUAAUUACAGGUCCUCGAAAAUUUAUUUUUUACCAGUCUCUCCACUUUGAAACAGUUCUAGAAACAAUUAAAGCAGAACGUAGCCGAAAAAGGAAACUGUUUAUUUAACAAUAUUUACAACGAUAAAGCCCCCUCACAAAAUAGUGAAGCAUCCUAGGAAAGUUUUCAGUGACAUGGAAUACAAAACGAACGCAACCCGCGAAGAUUCGGAGUAGAAUAGGUCUCAGCAACCCAUGCUUGUCGUAAGAGGCGACUUACGGGAUCGGUUGGUCUGGCUCGCUGACGUGGUUGAUCCCAAUUGCGUGGAUCGAUGCUCAUGAUAUCAAGCACUGGAUUUUCUGGUCCAGAGUCGAUUAUUUACAGACCGUCGUCAAAUAGCUGGAAUAUUGCUGAGUGCGGCGUUAAACAUCAAACAAAGACAAAAUGAACGCGAAUCAACGAAUGUGAUCUGUAAGAAUAAUUUUCAGGCAAUACAAAACGACCACCGUUGUCAACUGAGGUUUAAUUUUAAUCACGAUAUUGUAGCACAACCAAAGGUGAUGUUUUAAGCCCCAUAACGAUAUACCUUUUAAGUAUGGAACGGCGGAGUUCAUUCGACCAAAUCAGGUUGCAAUUUCAGGUUAUAAAUGUCACUUUGAGAACCCAUAUGACAUCCGUUGUUCGAAGGUUCAGGAAGCCGCCCAGGUGCCCGGAUGACAGGGUCUACCUUGUGUCUCCUCCCCCCCCCCCCCCCCCC